AUGUCAGAACAUACUCGCAGAAUGCAAGUGACAUGGACUAAUGCCGAAAAUUGUAUCGCAAUAGAGGGCUGUUGCCAUGGCGAAUUGGACAAUAUCUAUAGAGAAAUUGCGACUCGUGAGAGGCAAAAUGGCUAUAAAGUGGACCUGCUGCUGAUCUGCGGAGACUUUCAGGCCAUACGAAAUGAAGCCGAUCUAGAGGCGAUGGCAUGUCCACGAAAGUAUCUGCGCUUGGGAACUUUUAACAAGUACUACUCCGGGGAAACCAAGGUGCCAAUUCCGACAGUGUUUAUUGGCGGCAACCAUGAGGCGAGCAACUAUAUGUGGGAGCUGUAUCAUGGAGGAUGGGUCUGCCCAGGCAUUUAUUUUCUCGGGUUUGGAGGCGUGAUCAACUUUGGCGGACUCAGGAUCGGCGGGAUGUCAGGAAUCUACAACCACCACCACCAUCAAGUAGGACACUACGAGGUCUCACCAUACAAUGACAACAACAAGAGGAGCAUAUAUCAUGUUCGUCAGUAUGAUACGUACAAGAUGUUGCAAGUCAAAGAGCCCAUGGAUGUCUUCCUGUCGCACGACUGGCCCCGUGGAAUCGAACAAUACGGAGACACACAGGGUCUGCUUCGAAGGAAGAGUUGGUUCUUGGGAGAGGUUCAGAGCAACACUCUAGGAAGCCCGGCACAUGAGGAGAUUCUCAAAGCAGUCAAACCCGAAUAUUGGUUUGCUGCCCAUUUGCAUGUACGCUUCCAAGCGUUCGUUGAAUGGAAAGACCAAGCCAAAGCCCAGCAAGAAGCAUCGCAGGCGCAACCUACACUGCAAGAACACCCAGCAGUACAGCCUUCUGUGAUUAUGAACCCUGAUGCAAUCGAUAUCGAGUUGAGCGACGAAGAGGAUGCCUGUAUUCAAUCGGCGCCGUCGACUACUAUGGAGGCUGUCAAGAAUCCAGACGAGAUUCAGAUUGAACUGGAUGACGAAGAUGAGGAACAAGAGUCACAGAGCAGGGGUGUGAAUGAGAAGGCCGAGGCACAGACGACUGCAGUGGCCACUGUUUCGAACCCGGAAGAAAUUUAUAUCGAGAUGGACGACGAGAGUGAAGGCGAAACUGGAGCACAGACAGCGCCGCCACAGCAGGGUCCUAUGGACGCAAAACCAAAGCCUUACCCUACGAGCACAACGUUCCUGUCGCUAGACAAGUGUCUUCCGAACAAGAAAUUCCUCGAAAUUAUGGAGUUUCCGAAUAUCAACGGUCCUAGAGAGUUCAUGUAUGACGAAGAAUGGCUUGCCAUUGUUCGGACACUGGAUUCGUUCUUGAGCCUUACCCACAAACAAAAUCGCCUUCCUCAAGGAGCGCGCCUGCAUCACGAAUUGGCUGUCAACCGGGAGUGGGUCAGAAAUAACAUCACGUUGAAGCGAGGCCUUGCGAUCCCUGACAACUUUCAGCAGACUGCACCGGCGCACGAUCCAGUGCGAACCAUGGGUCCGCAACAGAAGACCGAAGCGCUCAGGCCAUUUUUGAAUCCUCAAACAGCAGAAUUUUGUUCCAUGCUCCAGAUCCCAAACAAGAUCAAUCCUCAUGGUCGUCGUGUCUGA